AUGGGGCACGAUGUGUUGAAUGAGACGGGUGCAGAGUCCGCGCGCGAGCUUGGUGAUGCUACCAGUCACACCUGCGCGCAGCUUGAUGGGUGUGAUGGGCGUCUGCAGCAGAAAGGGCGGAAGGGGCAGCAGGGGCAGCAGCAGGGACAGGAGCAGCGGCAGGAGGAGUCGAGGGAGCAGAGGCCAGCAGAGCAGGAACAAACGCCUCAGGGGCGUUCGGGGAAAAUGGACUCACGGAAUGAAGAGAGGUAUGCGAAGGCAGGUGAGGAAUUUGAAGCCAGAGUGGUGGAGGAAGGGAAGGGCAAGGGAGGGGUAGGGAGGCAUGCACGCAGCAGGAGCUUGGUGUCUCUCCGAGCCAAGCAUCACAGCGGCACCAGCGGCACCAGCACUGCUUCUGGUGACGACCUAGGCGCGGCAGACCUCUUCCCUGCAGCUGUGCCUGGCUCGUUCCUCUCUGUUGCCUCUGCUGCUGCCUCGGCUGCAGUGUGUGCGGCAAGCUCAGCAAGCCGGGUGGUGCUGCAGGGAAUGCAAGGGCCAGGGCCGUCCAACCACGGCUCUGCCACUGCCACAGGGGUUGCUGGUAGCAGCAGCAGUGGGGACACAGCGAGGAGGAGGAAAGGCAGGAGCGUGAGCAGCAUUGGGUUAGACUUCCAGCCUAGCACAUUCAUUCCCAGCAGUAGCAGCAACAAGGGGAAGGGCCUCUUCAGGCACAGGCGUACUGUGAGUGAAUUCCACCACCAGGGAACCGCUUCUGCUGCUAGUCAUGGUGAAAGCGAUGGUUGUGAUGGUGAUGGGGGUACUGGUGACGCUGGUGGUGCUGGUGGUGCUGGUGGUGCUGGUGGUGCUGGUGGUGCUGGUGGUGCUGGUGGUGCUGGCAGUAGCUUUCCCAGCGGCGAUUCGCCUGGAAGGUUCCGCCAUUCUCGGCAAGCCAGCACUGGCAGCCGUGCCUUGGUUGCUCUCACCAGCUGCACCUUCCCCCGGAAUCCGAGCCCCCUCUCCUCCCCUGCCCGCCCUGCCACUGCCAGCCCUAACGGUCGUGCCAGCAGGGGGCAUGCAAGCAGCGGGCAUGCAAGCGGCCAGAGAAGCAGUAUGAAGAGUCCUCUAGGCUCCCCCUCCCUCCACACCCUCUCUCCUUCUCGCUCACCCUCCCGCCGCUUCCCCACACUCUCCUCCUCACCUUUCUCGCGGUCCCAGCCCCCCUCCUCUCCCUUCCCUGCCUCCUCGUCCAUCUCCCCUGUAUUCUCCCCCACACUCUCGCCUACCCUCUCUCCCACUCACUCACCCACUCGUUCUCGCAACAGCAGCCCCGUUCCUCGCCUCCGAACCUUGAACCUCCCGGGUCUGUUCCUCCGAGCCUGCAGCCCAGCCUUGUCACCCAACCGAGGCUCGUCACCCAGCCGAGGCUGCAUGGCAGGCUCGGCGUCCAGCUGCUUUGGAUACAUAGGCAGCCCCCAAGGGUAUGGGGGCAGGUCACCUGGUGGUAGCAGUGAGAGCAGGAGCGAAAUUGGUGAAAGCAGUGGUGGCAGUGAUUGUGGGGAUGCGAUAAGUGGUAGUGAGGGUGGAAGCAGUGUUGGUAACGAUAGUGGGGAUGAUGGUGACAGCGAAAGCAGUGGCAGUGAGGGUGGCAGCGACAUUGGGGGUGAUGGCGGGGGUGAUGGUGGGGGUGAUGGCCCGAGCAGUCCUGCUGGUAGCAUGGUGCUGCAUUCUGAUGGUGAAGGGUUUGGGGCGGAGGGAGUGGAAGAGGGUGGGGAGAAAGGUGGGGUGGAGGGUGUGGAGGAGGCUGGGGAGGAGGAUGGGGAGGAGGGUGGGGAGGAGGGUUGGGAGGAGGGUGGGGAGGAAGGUUGGGAGGAAGGUGCGAAGGAGAGUGGGGAGGAGGAGGCUGAAGAAACGGGAGGGGUAAGGAGUGGAGAGGAAAGCGGAAUCCAGGGAAGAGUGGGGUUACAGGGAGAGGAGGGAGAAGGAGAGGGGGGAGGAGGAGGGGAGAAGGCUACACCGCGACCUGUCUCCCCUGCUACCGCCACCUCCCUCUGUUCCUCCAUCUCUCAACCUCUGACGCAGUCCAUCAACCCAACACCUCAGGUGCACCUCCCUUCACGCCCAGCCACUGCUGUGACUCGCCAGCCCAGUGCUGCUCACUCCUUCCUGCAGGAGCUCAGUGCGAGCCAAGCCAAGGGGGUGUGUAUGGCUUCUGAUGUGCCUCGGAAACCCUCACCGUCUCGCCCAGCCACCCCCAUAUCCUGCCAGCCCAGUGCUGCUCGCAGCUUCCUGCAGGAGCUCAGUGCAAGCCGGCCACAGGGCGUGGGCAUGGGGGCCAACCGAGGGGGAGGGCAAUCGAACGGUGCGAAUGCUGUGAAUGGGAUGACAGGUGCCAAUGACAUGGAGAGAAGGGGAGACGGUGCUGUGAACAGUGAGCCUCCUGAAGACAGCCAGUACAGAGGCGGCAGGCGGCGUUCCUUGUCUCCAUUAGGACCGCAGCCGUCCGCCAGUGUCCCUGGUCCCAACCCAGUAGCAGAUUUUAGGCCUGCUUCUGGCACGCUCUGGCAGCAGCAGCAGCAGCAGCACUACCAACCUCGGGCACAGCUAGUCCGCGCUCACAGCACUGCCGCGCCUCAUGCAAGCAGGGCGACAGCAGCAAGUGCGAGUGGCAUGUAUAGGGAGCAGCAGCAGCACCCACAGACGCACCUGGUCCGCGCUCACAGCACUGCCGCGCCUCUUGGGAGCAGGGCUGCAGCAGCAGCAGCAGCAGCAGCAGCAAGUUCCUCUGGCGUGUACAGGCAGGAGCUCAACUCUCCAUCGCACCUGGUCCGCCCUCACAGCACUGCUGCACCUCUAGGGAGCAGGGCAGCAGCAGCAAGUUCGUGUGAUGUGUACAGGCAGGAGCACCACUCGUCAUCGCAGCUGGCCCGUUCCCAAAGCACUGCUGCGCCUCAUGCAAGCAGCGCCGCAGCAGCAGCAAGUCCGUCUGACAUGGACAGGCAGGAACAAUAUCCUUCACCUUCCUUGCACCUGAUCCGCGCUCACAGCAUUGCUGCGCCUCAUGCAAGCAGGGCAGCAGCAGCAAGGGCUGCUGGGAUGCCUUUAGAUCACGUUCCUCGAGUGCCGUUGCUUCCCCACAUGCGGCCAGCACCACUUCUGACUGCUGGAGGGAGCAUGGGUGUUGUGGAGAGGUAUGGCAUGAAUGGUGGUGGGGGCAUGGGUGGUGUUGGGGCCAUGGGUGAUGGUGGUGGCAUGAAUGGUGGUUGGGGCAUGGGUGGUGUUGGGGCCAUGGGUGAUGGUGGUGGCAUGAAUGGUGGUUGGGGCAUGGGUGGUGGUGCAGCCAUGAGAAGCAGAGGGGGUGCCGGAAGGAUGGGGCCCAUGCACCAUGCACACAUGAACAGGAUGGGUAUGAGGCGGUGUGGCAGCUUGAACAUGUCCGCUGACGUGGACGUGCCUUAUUGGGCUAGUCAUGCCGAUGACGUGGACGAGUUCCACGAAGAACCGCAUGCUGACGUGGAUGGAACGUGGGGUGUAGGUACAGAAGAUGGAUGGGGGCGUGGUGCUGAGUCAGCAGUGUGGAACCACGGGCCGGCUUAUGUUAGCAUGCCACAGCGGCCGUACUCUUCUGGGGGGGCUCCCGUAGAAAAACUCGAAUCGCUGUACAAAAUCGGCGGGAAACUAGGCCAGGGUCAGUUCGGCGUUACAUAUCUAUGCACGGAGCUGGCGACGGGAAAAGAGUACGCGUGCAAGACAAUCGCGAAGAAGAAACUGAUCACCGCAGAGGACGUGGCAGAUGUGAAACGCGAGGUGGCGAUCAUGCACCACCUGGCGGGUCACAAGAACAUCGUGUGUAUCAAGGGCGCGUACGAAGACGCGUACGCGGUUCAUAUCGUCAUGGAGUUGUGCUCCGGUGGGGAAUUGUUCGACCGGAUCAUCAAGCGGGGGUACUUCAGUGAGCGGCAGGCAGCCACAUCGAUUCGCACGAUAGCGCAGAUAGUGGAGACGUGCCACUCGCUGGGCGUGGUGCACCGCGACUUAAAGCCCGAGAACUUCCUCCUCGCAGACAGGACGGAGAAUGCCGACCUCAAGGCCACCGACUUUGGCCUCUCCACCUUCUUCAAACCAGGCGAGUUCCUAUCCGACGUGGUGGGCAGCCCCUACUACGUGGCACCGGAGGUGUUGAGGCGGCGCUACAGCAAGGAGGCGGACAUAUGGAGCAUGGGCGUCAUUCUCUACAUCCUCUUGUCUGGGGUGCCGCCCUUCUGGGCUGACACGGAGCAGGGCAUAUUCGAGGCGGUGCUGAGGGGGCAGAUGAACUUCGCCACACAGCCAUGGCCUGCCAUCUCCUCCGAUGCAAAGGACCUCAUCCGCCGCAUGUGCUGCCUCGACCCCGCCCACCGCCUCACCGCCUACCAAGUGCUCUGCCACCCGUGGGUGGCACAGGACGGAGUGGCGCCAGACAGGCCUCUGGACGCAGGGGUCAUCUCUCGCCUCAAGCAAUUCUCAGCUAUGAACAAACUAAAAAAAAUGGCUCUGCGGGUGAUCGCAGAGUCGCUAUCAGAGGAGGAGAUCUCAGGGCUGAAGCAGACGUUUGAGAUGAUGGACACGGACAGGAGCGGCACCAUCACGUUUGAAGAGCUCAAGGCGGGCCUGCAGCGCAUCGGAGCCAACAUGCAGGACAGCGAGGUGCAGGAGCUCAUGGACGCGGCUGACUUUGACGGCAAUGGCAUGAUUGACUAUGGAGAGUUUCUAGCGGCCACGAUGCAUUUGAACAAGAUCGAGCGGGAGGAGACGCUGUUUGCGGCAUUUUCGCAUUUUGACAAGGACAGCUCGGGAUUCAUUACAGUGGAUGAGCUGCAGCAUGCUUGUAGGGAGUACAGCAUUGACGAGGACUGCAUCGUUGAAACGAUGCGUGACGUCGACACUAACAAUGAUGGGCAGAUUGACUACAACGAAUUUGUGACAAUGAUGAGGGCUGGGAACGGUGGCAUUGGUCGGAAAAGCCUGGGCGGUAGCUGGACCAGCGGAAACUAA